UCUGUAAGUCAGAAGUUCCAUCUCCUGGGGGAAAUGCUGCUUCUGCCAUUUCGAUUGUUAGCUGUUCUCCUCCCAGGUGCUGACAAUGAGGAUGGCUUCCAGGGAACCACUUCUUACCAUGUCAUCCAGAUCACAUCCUUUGUCAACAGCACCUGGGCAAAAAAUCAAGGUUCAGGCUGGUUGGAUGAUUUGCAGAUUCACAGCUGGGAUGGUGACUCAGGCACUGCUAUAUUCCUGAAGCCCUGGUCCAAGGGCAACCUCAGUGACGAGGAGGUUGCUGAACUGGACAUACUAUUCGGAGACUACAUAUUUAGAUUCAUACAACAAAUACAGGCACAUGCCAGUGCAUCCCAUAUGGAAUACCCCUUUGAGAUCCAGGGCAUAGCAGGCUGUGAGCUACAUUCUGGAGGUUCCAUAGUAAGCUUCCUGAGUGGAGCUGUAGGAGGACUAGAUUUCCUGAGAUUCAUCAAUGAUACAUGUGUGCCUUCCCCAGAGGGGGGCACCAGGGCCCAGCAGGCUUGCACACUAAUCAUGACAUUUCAUGGUCUCAUUGUUACUGGGAAAAAGCUCCUGUUUGAAAUAUGCCCCCGAUUUCUCCUGAGUGUCCUGGAUGCAGGGAAGGCAGAGCUGCAAAGGCAAGUGAAGCCUGAGGCCUGGCUGUCCAGUGGCCCCAGUCCUGGGCCUGGCCGUCUGCUGCUGGUCUGCCAUGUCUCAGGAUUCUACCCAAAGCCCAUGUGGGUGAUGUGGAUGCGGGGUGAGCAGGAGCAGCCGGACACUCAGCACAGCGACCUCCUGCCCAAUGCUGACUGGACAUGGUAUCUCCAAGCUACCCUGGAUGUGGCCGCAGGGGAGGCUGCUGGUCUAUCCUGCCGGGUGAAACACAGCAGUCUAGAGGGCCGGGACAUCAUCCUCCACUGGAGACAACCCAUCUCUGUUGCCUUGAUCUGUUUGGCAAUGUUAGUGCCCUCCUUCAUCCUUUUGCUAUGCCUUGCGCUAUGGCAUAUGAGGCGCCGAUCAUAUCACAAUAUGCCUGAGUCCUCGACAUGUCUUCUCUUCCAUUUGGAAUAAAGACCAAGAAACCUAGGAUCCCACAGUGUCAACCCGGGAGAGGGUCUCCUCACAUUUUAUGAAAUAAUCAUUAUAUUAUGUCAAAACAGACUUUAAACAGAGUUUAAGACAAAUUAUAAUGCAAUACCAGUAGAAAAUGAUUUAAACAGUCAACAUAUCACAAUUCUGUUUCAGUAGUAUGAUCUAUGUCUUCUAUAUUAAAAUGUG